UGUGGCCCAAAAGCCAAAGGAAAAUGUGCUUGACUGUGAGCCCCGGGCAGGUGUCCAGGGCAAACGUCAUCCCGUUUUGCCCCUGCAGGGACCCAGACAUGGAGCUUCGGGAGGAGGCCUGGUCUCCGGGGCCGCUGGACUCCGAGGACCAGCAGAUGGCCAGUCAUGAGAACCCAGUGGGCAUCCUCAUCAUGGACGACGACGACGUUCCCAGCUGGCCCCCCACCAAGCUGGGCCCGCCCCCACCCCCGCCCGCUGCCGGCCCCCCGCCCCGGCCGCGGCCCCCGGCGCCCUACAUCUGCAACGAGUGCGGCAAGAGCUUCAGCCACUGGUCCAAGCUGACGCGGCACCAGCGCACGCACACGGGCGAGCGGCCCAACGCCUGCAGUGACUGCGGCAAGACCUUCUCGCAGAGCUCGCACCUGGUGCAGCACCGGCGCAUCCACACGGGCGAGAAGCCCUACGCGUGCUCGGAGUGCGGCAAGCGCUUCAGCUGGAGCUCCAACCUCAUGCAGCACCAGCGCAUCCACACGGGUGAGAAGCCCUACGCCUGCCCCGACUGCGGCCGCAGCUUCACGCAGAGCAAGAGCCUGGCCAAGCACCGGCGCUCGCACAGCGGCCUCAAGCCCUUCGUGUGCCCCCGCUGCGGCCGCGGCUUCAGCCAGCCCAAGAGCCUGGCGCGCCACCUGCGCCUGCACCCCGAGCUCGCGGGCCCCGGCGUGGCGGCCAAGGUGCUGGCGGCCAGCGUGCGCCGCGCCAAGGCACCGGGCGAGGCGCUGGCUGCCGACGGCGAGCUGGCCAUCCCGGUGGGCGACGGCGAGGGCAUCAUCGUGGUGGGCGCGCCGGGCGAGGGCGUGGCUGCGGGCGCGGGCUUGGGCGGCCCGGGCCUGGGGGGCGCGGCGGGCGCGGGGCCCAGGGCGCCGGGGCCCCGCUCGCGCCGCGCACCGGCCCCCAAGCCCUACGUGUGUCCUGCGUGUGGGAGAGGCUUCGGGAGCCCCGCGGCGCUCGAGGCGCACCAGCGCGCGCAGCACGAGGCCGACGGCGGCGGGGACGGCGACGGGGACUGGGCCGGGGCCGGGCCGGAGCCGGGGCUGGGCCCGGCGGGCGGCGAGGAGCCCGCGCACAUCUGCGUGGAGUGCGGGGAAGGCUUCGUGCAGGGCGCUGCGCUGCGCAGGCACAAGCGCAGCCACGCGGUGGGCGCGCCCUCGGUCUGCGGCCGCUGCGGGCGCAGCUACUACUCCGCCGGGGACCCCGACCCGGACCCCGAGCAGGACCCGGAGGACCAGGACCCGGACGGCCAGGGCCGGGGUAGCGAGAGGGCCACCCGGGGCCGCUGCAGCGAGUGCCGCGCCGGGGAGGGCCGGUAGGCCCGGCGGGGCCCCCGGGACCCCGGAGAUGGAGCUGGCCGGACCGAGGGCUGCCACGGGCCCUCCUUGGAGGGACGGCGAUGGGGACGCCCGGCACCCAGCCAGACUGACGGCCCCCAGGGAGGGAGAAGGAAAUGGGGCCUGGCCUUGCCUUCUAGAGUUCUCUUAACGCUACUGCCUCAGACCCUCAGGUCCCCCCAGGCCUCCGUCCCGGGCUGCCCUGAGCACCCCGCGGAAGCUGAGGCUGGGCACGGGGCCUGGUCAAUAAAAGGCACUAUCGACGGUC